GUCUCUGUCUUCUUUCCUAGCUCGCUCUCAGAAGAAUUCUGGCAUUGGGCGUCUGAUGGUGCAUAUCAUUGAAGCGACAGAAUUAAAAGCCUGUAAGCCGAACGGAAAGAGCAACCCAUACUGUGAAAUCAGCAUGGGCUCCCAGAGCUACACCACCAGGACCCUCCAGGACACACUAAACCCCAAGUGGAAUUUUAACUGCCAGUUCUUUAUUAAGGAUCUUUACCAAGAUGUGCUGUGUCUCACCAUGUUUGACAGAGACCAGUUUUCACCAGAUGAUUUCCUGGGUCGUACUGAAGUUCCACUGGCAAAAAUCCGAACAGAACAGGAAAGCAAAGGCCCUACAACCCGCCGGCUCCUGCUGCACGAGGUCCCCACCGGGGAGGUCUGGGUCCGCUUUGACCUGCAACUUUUUGAGCAAAAACUCUUCUGUAGGAGCCGUAGGGAUCUGCCCGCCCGGUGGGGGCUGGAGAAGACGCAGCUGCCAGCGCCACCCAGGGCUGGAGAGCAUCCGGGUUUCACGCAUCACAGGGCCACGCACGCUGGAGCCCUCUAUUUUAUUGCACACUAAAUCGCUAGCAAACUAUGCAAACAUGAUUUCUUCCUAUAAACCAAACCCCAUAGCACAGUGCCUUGUAUUAGUGUUACCAC